AGGGCCUCGCGCGCUAGCUGCAGUUUCCAGUCAACCGCCAUUGCUGUGGCGAGGCCGACCACAGCAAUGCUGUUUCUCUUGCUGCUCCUCUCAGGGCUGGGUCGGCUGACCUCCGCGGGCCAUCUGCCACAGAAGACUGGGACAAACACCAAUGACGGCGGUGUUUCAGAAACGCAUGUAAUUAAGAAAUCACUUAAAAGGUCAUUUUUAGACUCUCAUUUCCUGGUGUAUUCAUACAACAAGUCAGGGAUAUUGUAUCCAGAUUCUUCAUUUGUAAAGGGCCAUCGCUUUUAUCAGGGAUAUGCCACAGAGAUUGCAAAUUCGGUUGUGACACUUAGCACCUGCUCCGGACUCAGGGGAUUAUUGCAGUUGGAGAAUGUCAGUUAUGGAAUUCAACCAUUGGAAUCUUCAGCUACAUAUGAGCAUAUGCUUUAUCAGAUAAAGGAUAAUGAAAUUGAUUUUCCCCUAGCAGAAAAUAAUUCUACAACCCAAUUGGCAGAUCAGUCCUACAAAAUUUUUGUGAAAUCAGAAAAAAAUUCUGGUGUGCUGUUGAAAAGAGUUCUGAAAAUACAAGUCAUUAUGGAUAAAGCCUUGUAUGAUUAUAUGGGCUCUGAAGUGGUACUUGCAUCUGAGAAAGUUGUCCAUAUCUUUAGUCUCAUCAACACUAUGUAUUCUCAGCUUAAAGUGUUGGUUACAUUAACUUCUCUGGAGCUCUGGUCAGAUCAAAAUACGAUUUCAACUAAUGGGGAUGCUAAUGAAGUUCUACAAAGAUUUGUGUCAUGGAGAGAAAAAUUUUUAUUUCAGAGGUCCCAUGAUAUGGCAUACUUAUUAAUUUAUAGGGACCAUCCUAAUUAUGUAGGAGCAACAUAUCAUGGAAUGGCAUGCGAUCCAAAGUUUGCUGCAGGAAUUGCUCUGUAUCCAAAGAUGAUAACCUUAGAGGCAUUUUCAGUUGUUUUGGCACAGUUGCUUGGAAUUAACCUGGGAUUAACAUAUAAUAAUGACAUCUACAGUUGUUACUGUCCAGGAACUACAUGCAUAAUGAAUCCUGAAGCAAUACGUUCCCGUGGUGUAAAGUUUUUUAGCAGUUGCAGCAUGGAUGAAUUCAAACAUACAGCUUCACAGCCUGAAUUUGAAUGUCUUCAGAAUCGAACAGUUUCAAAAGUGGUUCCACAAGGAAGAGUUUCAGUUUGUGGCAAUGGAGUUCUGGAACCGCCAGAGCAAUGUGAUUGUGGUGGGCCAGAGCAAUGCUCUCAUAAAAAAUGCUGUGAUGCUGUAACAUGUUCUCUGAUUGGAGAUGCAGAGUGUGGUACAGGACCAUGCUGUGACAGAAAAACUUGUCAGAUAGCUGAAAGAGGACAUGUAUGUAGGAAAAGCACGGAUAUGUGUGAUUUUCCAGAAUUUUGCAAUGGGAUAGCUGAGUUUUGUGUACCUGAUAUGAAAUCUGCUGAUUUAGAACUGUGCAAUAAUAAGACUGCCUUUUGCUCUCAAGGAGUAUGCCAAGAUACAGAUAAACAGUGUGCAGAGUUGUUUGGAAAAUUUUCGAAGGGGGCUUCUGCUCUAUGUUCACAAGAAGUGAAUAUGCAUACAGAUGACUUUGGAAACUGUUAGGGUCGUUUUUGUAAUUAUCGGGAUAUCUAUUGUGGAAAGUUAGUUUGUCUCUGGACACGUACAGAAGUAGUGCCAUUUAAAAUUUUUGAUACUCAAUAUACUUUCCUUGGAGGCAUUGUGUGUCUAAGUGCACAUCUAAGAAAUUUGACACCAGUAACCUUCCGAGAUGAUUAUACCUAUGUAAAGAGUGGCACUAUGUGUGGUCCAAAUCAGUUUUGUAACAGAGGAUCUUGCACAGACGUCAACGUCAGCGCAGACGCAACUUGUAUCUCCAAAAUAAAGUGCAAUGGACAUGGGGUUUGCAAUACUCUCCAUAACUGUCACUGUGAUGCUGGAUAUGCCCCUCCACAGUGUGAACCAAUGCCUUCAUCACCAGGAGGAAGUAUCAAUGACGGGUUUUGGCUUACGUCAGGUAAAAGUACAGACAUGUUGGUAAAACGACAUGGUGCUUCUCGAAAAAACGGCCUUGUGAUCAGUUUCUACGUUUUCCUGCCUUUCCUCAUUUUAAUUCUCAUCAUUGCUCUUAAAUGGAAUAAAAUGAAGAUAUUUUGGAACAGAGAGGGUACAGUAAGUGAAGGAUCUCUAUCAGAAGACAGCAGUAGGAACAGUAACAGCAACCAGUCUUACAAUGAAAGAAUGGUAACUAAACAAUACUGUCAAAAGCCAUAAUUUGGGGAAAAGAUAUUGCCAAGAAACACACCAUUAACUGGCCUGGUUCAAGAAUAAAAAAAUCUGCUUUUCUCUCCUUUUGUGACGGCUUAAAGCUUUCAAUUUCAAAAACAAAAGUAAAUCCUGUGAGUGAAAGUAUGUCGCGUUGUGUCGAUUCAUUCUGUUCUCGAGCCCAAGUUUGUGUGCCCGAUGCACACUGAGGCCAAACAAAGGGAAACGUCAGUGUUUGGAGCAGAGAAAGGUUUAUUGCAAGGACCAACCAAGGAGAACGGACAGCUCAUGCUCAAAAAUGCCAAUUCCCUGAUGGCUCUUGGGGAAGAGUGUUUAUAGGCAAAAUUUGGGGCAAGGGCUGCAGGGUAUGGAACCUUCCCCUGAUUGGUUGGUGGUGAGGUAACAGGGUGCUGUUCCAGGAAUCUCAGUCAUCAGCCUUUCCUGCCAGUGUGGGUCCACAUGCUUGUGCUCAGCCUGAAGUGACUUCCUGCAUCUGGGUUGAGGGGGCCCUAGUCCCUGUUGAAGAACUCAGACAUACGCGUCAGAUGGUUCUGCACAUCCCCGAAGACGAACAGCACCAGGCCCCAUGCUGCACUGUCGUUUCUUCCUGCCUUCCCUCACUUCCCUGAUUAGUAACUGUUUGAAUACGCCCUUUGGAACUCAGGGAAGGUCUAGGAAGCUGAAAGCCUUUUUUCCGACAAACUGGAAGCUGGGGACACAGAAAGCCUUUUGUGCCCAGGAGGGCUCCACAGGAUCCUGCUCAGUUUCAGUCCUUGUACUAUGGUCCUCUAGUAGGAAAUAGGCAAGUUGGCCUCUUUUGAACCUGCAAGGCUGUUGCAUCCCAACGGAAAACUUUCCAUUGUGCACUCCUGCCGCCGACUGCCCUCAGAUACCCAUGGCCCUACUAAUCGCUCCCAUCUCAAGAGAGGACACCUAGAAUCUGCACCUCUGCAAUAGUUCAUGAUUCUCAUCCCCUACCCAUUCCAAGCUUCGGGAUAUUGAGAGGAAGUGUUGCUACACAAGGUCAGCCCCAGAGCCCUCAGUCACUAGCAUCCAUUUUAUCUUCAAGGAAUUGCUCACCCUGAGUUCCUGGUCAUAGAUAACUGUUCUGUCUCCAGGUGAUACUUCCCUGCCCUCGUGGAAAUUGAGCUCUAGAAUAUAUCUAUCUCUGUCCUUUGAAGGAACCCAGACUUGCUGCUCUUUCCUGACUGAAGCUGAGCUUUUCUGGGUGACAGUUUCUUGCUUCAGUGCCCCCUCUCUUCAUCUCCCUCUUCCUGAGAUGGGUUCACUUCUGCACACCUCAAAGCAUUAUUUGUGGAUUAGAGAUCCAUCAGCCUAUCUGGAGUCUAAUUAGGACCUACAGAAUUUCCAUCCAUAUAAAUGAAGGUGAUCCUGGGUCAGGGGUGGGAGCAUCUCAUCACAAAGACCAAGAGUUUCUUUCUCCAAAUGAGCAAAUGAUGAAUGGAUACACAAGAUGGGGUCCGUCCAUACAAUGGGAUAGUAUUCAGCCACAAAAAGGAAGCACUGAUAUUGCUACAACGUGGAUGAACCUUGAAACCGUUAUGCUAAGUGACUAAAGCCAGUCACAAAAACCACAUAUUCUGCAUCUGUAUGAAACAUCCAGAGCAUGGACGUCUAGAGAGACUAAGAUUAGUGGUUGUUUACUGCUGAAAGUGGGGGUGGGGAUUGAAAAGCUGGGGUGGGUGAUGGUAAUAACUAAAGGGUAGAGGACUUGUUUUUGAGAUGAGGGAACUGAAAUUGACUGUGGUAAUGGUUGCACAUAUCUGUGAAUACACUAAAAACCCUACAAUCAUUCACCUGUGUGCUUUAAGUGGGUGAAGUCUGUGGUAAAAAUAAUACACAUCGGGAUGAUUCUACCAUAACUUUCCCUCAUCCCCUUUGCCACUAACUUAUUUGGGGCCAUUAUGAUCACUGUCCUGCCUUAUUUAAUCAUAAUUUCUCAGGAUCAGUUUCCCAGGAGUACUACCGCCUAGCAGGUCCAAGUUUUAGACCUGAGCAGAGUUUAUUUUUGCAACUAUUGGUAUAACACAUCCUUGCUGUGGAGUGUACUGGGAUAAAGGAAGGUGUGGGUGAGUGGCAGGCAGAAGUUGAGGUAGGUUUUGAGUGUGAGUAGCUUAAGAUAUUUGUCAGAAAAUUCAAAGACAAUUACAUGUUCUGUCUUCUGCAGUGGUGUCACUUUUCCCCUCUGAGUUUGUCUUGCUGGCCUCCCCAUUUCUAAAUCUUCCUUUUUAUGGUUCUAACAGUAACUGUUAACAAGAUACACUAAGGUUCCAUUUCAACAUUUUCUUCCCUUUCCUCAACAGAUUAUAAUCUAACAUUGUAAGAAUAGGCACACAGUUGAAGAAUUGUGUUUUUUAUUGUCUCAUGCAGAAUUGAGUCCAAUAUCCUUUUUUUUUAAUUGAGGUAACAUUGGUUUUUAACAUUGUAUAAGUUGCAUGUGUACCACAUUUUUCAACUUCUUUCAGUGUGCCCACCACCAAAUUUUUAGUUUCCAUCCCCCACCCUUCUUCCCUUCUGAUUACCAUUACUCUGUUCUCUCCUAUGUGUUUGUUCUGCUUUGGUUUGGUUUCUUAAUUUAUUUUUUUCCACAUAUGAGUGAAAUCAUACAGUAUUUGUCUUUCUCCACCUGACUUAUUUCAUUUAGCAUGAUACCAUCAAGGUGCAACCAUAUUGUCAAAAAUGGCAAGAUUUCAUCUUUUUUACGACUCCUAUUCCAUUGUGUAUACAUACCGCAUCUUUAUCCAUUCAUCUGUCAGUGGUCACUUAGGUUGUUUCCUUAUCUGGGCUAUUAUAGAUAAUUCUGUAAUGAACAUAGGGGUGCAUAUAUCUUUUUGAAUUAUGUUUUCAGUUUCUUUGGAUAAAUACCCAGAAGCAGAACAGCUGGAUCACAUGGUAGUUCCAUUCUUAAUUUUUUGAGGAAUCUCUAUACUAGUUUUCAUAGUGGUUACACAAGAUAAAUUCCUCCAAAUAGUGUAUGAGGGCUCCCUUUUCUCCACACCCUCUACAACACUUGUUACUUCUUGCCUUUUUGAUAAUAGCCAUUCUAAAAGGCAUAAG